AUGAGCGAGGGGUCUGCCGGCGCCGCGGCGCCCGGGGCGGCGGAGGCGGCGGCGGCGGGGGGCCCGGGCGGGGAUGGGGCCGGGGGGCCGCCGCGAGAGCUGCGCUGCAGCGACUGCAUCGUCUGGAACCGGCAGCAGACGUGGUUGUGCGUGGUGCCCCUCUUCAUAGGCUUCAUCGGCCUGGGGCUCAGCCUCAUGCUGCUCAAGUGGAUCGUGGUGGGCUCCGUCAAGGAGUACGUCCCCACCGAGCUGAUGGACGCCAAGGGCGUGGGGCAGGACCCCUUCUUCCUCUCCAAGCCCACCGCCCCCCCUCGCGGCGCGGAGACCACCGCCGCCGCCACGCCGCGGCCGCCCAGCCGCGUCAGCCCCCGCCUCACCACGAUGAGCCGGGCCCCCCCGAGGCCCCCCGGCACCCGCGGCCCGGCGCGGGGCGGCCCCAGACCCACGGUCCCCCGGCACCCCGCCGCGCCCCACACGGCGCCGCCCGCCAGCGGCCCCCCCGGCACCGCCGGCCGCGCCGGUCGCCCGCCGCCAGCCGCCCCCAGCACCCCGCCGCUGCCCGCCUGGCCCACUGCGGCACACGCUACCUCCUCCUACAAGAUCUACGUUCACGACUCGGCGCCCUCCUGGACCUUGUCUCCCUUCCAGGAAUCUACCACGACUACGCCGGAGACCACCACGACCCCCAAAAUCCAUACUACAACGUAUUCCACGGAGCGAUCUGAGCACUUUAAGCCAUGCAAAGACAAGGAUCUUGCAUACUGUCUCAAUGAAGGGGAAUGCUUUGUGAUUGAAACCUUAACAGGAUCACAUAAACACUGCCGGUGCAAAGAGGGCUACCAAGGAGUCCGCUGUGACCAAUUUUUGCCGAAAACCGACUCAAUCUUGUCAGAUCCAACAGACCAUUUAGGAAUUGAGUUCAUGGAGAGCGAAGAAAUUUACCAGCGCCAGGUGCUGUCUAUUUCCUGUAUCGUCUUUGGCAUAGUCGUAGUGGGCAUGCUUUGUGCAGCGUUCUACUUCAAAACAAAGAAACAAACAAAGCAAAUUCAUGAACAGCUGAAAGAAACGCAGAAUAGGAAAACCUACAGCCUAAAUGCUUCCAGCAUGAUGGCAAAGUCAGAGUGUAUGGCACAAAGCCGAGUCCAGCUGCAAAAUUACUCCAAAACAGAUAGGCACCCUGGGCCCGCUCUGGACAAAGUCAUGGAGUCCAGCUUUUCAGGUCCUCAGUCUUUCCCAGAGGCUUUGUCUCCUGACAGAGGAACUCAGCCCAUCAAGCAGCACAGAAGUCUCUCUUCAUGCUGCAGUCCAGGACAGAAAAGUGGGAUGCUACAUAGAAAUGCCUUUCGGAGGACUCCUCCCUUACCUCGGGGUAGGUUCAAUGGGAUUACAGGACCAGCAUAUCAACAGCUAGAAGAGUCCAGGAUCACAGAGCAGGACACAAUACCUUGUCAUGGGUAUUCAUCUAGUGGUUUAAAAACUUCUCAGAAUACUUCAAUAAAUAUGCAACUGCCUUCAAGAGAGACAACCCCUUAUUUUAAUAACAUGGAUCAGAAGGACUUGGUCGGAUACUCAUCUUCAAGGGCCAACUCAGUUCCCAUCAUCCCAUCUGUGGGCUUGGACGAAGCCUGCAUGCAAAUGCAAAAUGUUUCUGAAGUAACAGGCAUCAAAUGGUGCAAAAACUCCUAUUCAGCUGAACUUGUCAAUGUGAGUUCCCCUGUCAGUAAUUGUCUUAUAGCAGAACAACACGAAGUGAAAAUAUUGCUAGAAACUGUGCAGGAGCAGAUUCGGAUUCUGACUGAUGCGAGGAGGUCGGAGGACUUCGAACUGACGAGCGUAGACGCGGAGAGCAGCGCGAGCGAGAACACCGCGUUCCUGCCUAUGAGCCCUGUGGCCAAGGCGGAUCGAGAGGCACAAUUUGUCUUAAAAAGUGAAACACAAAGAGACUCAGCGUUGACCAAGUGACUUUGUGUGGGGGUCGCAGGAGGGGGAAUAACAGAUCUGUGCAUUCGAUGCUUUGCUAAACAGGAAAGGAGGAAAUUAAAUACAGAUUAUUUAUAUGCAUUAAUUUAAGAGCAUCUACUUAGAAGAAACCAAAUAGUCAAUCGCCCUCAUAUCAUAGUGUUUUUUAACAAAAUAUUUUUUUAAAGGAAAGAAAUGUUCCGGGAGGGAUAAGGCGUACAUCAGGUGCUUUCUAGGCAGGAUUAUACAUACAGUUUCAGUUCUAGAGUAUUUUAACACUGUCCUGUUUGGCUGUCAGAAGGCUUAGGCUAUGCAUCCUAUUUUCAAUAUAGGCCAAGACCGUUCUAAGAACCAUUCUUGGUUUCAGGGCAGCACUGCAGCGAAUGCUGGCCAGGGGUGCAAGUUCCAAAACCCUAGCACAGACCCAGUCCCCCCUGCUCUCAGUUCUAGGUUCAUACUGAGGGAGGAGACACACAAACAUCUAACUCUUGGCACUAACUGUGGAAUGACCGUAAAUCCUUAAUUGAGCCAGAUGCUUGACUCUCUACCUUAUUUGAGUGUGUCAGUCAGCUUGAGAAGUUCAGUGGAAACUUUUAGGAGCUUUGGGUCAGGCCAGGCCUGGAGAGGGAUUGGGGCCCUGUGGCUGCUCCAUCUUCUGAGCUUUGUCCAUCAGAGCUUCUCGGUUGGAGGAAGAAGAAGAAGAACAGCAGCUCAAAGUGCAGAAGCACGCGCUGCUAUUGCAGGUUCUGGGUUGGUUUAGUUUUUAAGAGUGGGAAUGUAAACUCUGCUGUUCUUUACCGAUCCCUAAACAUUUCUAAACUGUUAAACUUUGAAGGCAUUUGUACGCUCUCAAGGAGCACUUCUGAGUGUAUGUGUAUUUUUUUUAACUUAUUUUUAUUAUGGGUUAUUCAGAAAUGAGUCUGGGAGAUCCAACACGAUCUGAAGCCAGCUGGUACGUGUCCAUACUGCCCUAAUUUGAUCCCGCUCUCAGUUCUCCGGUCACUUUAAUGAAUCAUGGCUUUGGCUUGUGAACUUUAAAGCUCCAACCCUGCAGAUAGCUCAGUAUGGGCAUACCCGGGAGCAUGCACACAGCUGAUUCUGAUGGGGCUAUACGUGAGCAGAUGGUUCCAGCAAAUCAACCCCUGCUGCCUUAGAGAAGGCCUUAGAGAAGAAAUGUCAGUUCCUGAUUAGAGUAUCCCAAUCAUAUUAUAAGCAUUUAUUUUUUUUUUUGCAUUUGCCUUCUUUUGAGUCCCUCUUCCUCCCAAUAAAUUGUAACAUAAUAUGCCAAUAAUGCAAUGAUUCGGGUUCAGUGGCUCCCAUGUUACUGUUUUCAUUGUUAUUAAAAUAUCUGCUUAUUUGUGGGGAAAAAGAAUAUAAACUAUGAUAAAUAAUUACCAAAUAGCCUUCCCUGAUAAUGUCAGAAGAUUGAUUUAAAAUUUACCGUAUAUACAGAAUGUAUUAAAAUAUUAUUUGCAGCAAAUUAAUCGUUAAAUUUAUUAGAUGUGCCCCAGACUUUCCAGUUCACAAGUCUCAAGACUUCCCAAAAUAGCACAAUCGGUCACACAGUGCUGUUGUAUGUUUAGUCAGAAUAAAGCAAUAUUUUAACCUCUGUCAAGUAAAUUUGAAAAAGAAAAUGCUGAAAAUGUAUGUCAUUUAUUUUGUGCCUAGCUGAGGCAUUAAAAAAAAUCCUCUUCACAAAUCUUUAUUCAUCAAGUCUUACUUUGGUUUUCUUGUCUUUUUUCUUUUAAUUUUUUGGGGUUUUUUUGAUUUAUUUUUGUGUGUGUGUG